GCAGCGUUCUCCAUAAGUUACAGCUACACCUAUUUUGUUUCUAACCCCUUUCUUCCGCUACAGAAAUAAAUAGCUCUCUGUUAAUGGCGGACUGGGGGCCAGUGCUCAUCGGAGUAGUACUCUUCAUACUGCUGCAACCUGGGCUUCUAUUUCAGAUACCGGGUAAUAACCGUACUCUCGAAUUUGGGAGCAUGAAGACUAAUGGAAAGGCGAUUGCUGUUCAUACUCUUAUUUUCUUUACACUCUAUGCUAUUCUCAUUCUCGCUGUUCAUGUUCACAUCUAUACUGGAUGAUCCUGUAGUAACACUACUCCAGAUCUUCUCCCCCAUUUAUGCUACUACCAUUUUCACUAAUCCAACUUAUAUAAUGGAAAUGUAAGUGAUUUUGCUUAGUGAAGAAGGAGAAGGGGAUAUACUAAACUUGAGGGUUAAAAGCAAGCAUUUGUGUUUUAAAGGGGAAGAAAGGUAUGAAUUGUGUUAGUGGGAUUUUUUGCUUUAUGGAAGUAGACAGAAAACACCAACUUUGUGUUUAAGUUUCCGAUUAUUGAAGAACGCGCAAGCCUUUCUUUUGCCUUUGCUUUUCAAAUUUUAUCUCAUAAAAUUCAUCAAGGUGGGGAGACUUUAAAAAAGAAAGGUGGUGCUGGUGCACGUGGAAAGCAGAGAAAAUGCCAAAACUUUGUGCGUUUACAUUAAUGCAAAAUGCUUUAAUUUAGCUUA